UUUUCUGAGAAAGCAACAAGUUGGAGGCUAAACUGCAUGUCAUGUGCUGUCCUCCAGUGAAGAAGGGUGAUUAUCAGAUGAUUUGAAAAAUCAAAUCAGGACAAAAAGGUUAAAAAUGGUAAUGGCAGGAACAGUUGAUGACGCAGAGCUCUGAAGGAUGCUGCCCAUGAAGUUGGACGCCGCUCGUGUGUGACUGAAAAUAAAUGGCUUUCUUGUCACCCUGGCUUUCCCCGUGCCCCUAUAACUCUCUCCCUAUAAUGCCCCAAUUUCCCACUCUGUUUGACUUUUGACACAUUACCUCCACUGAAGCAUUACUCACCCAACUUCCACAGCACCCCCACCUCUGUCCCACCCUCCUUGACUUCCCUCCUUCUUCCAUCCUUAUAAACUCUGCACCCUCAGUGGUUGGCUCAGUGUGAGGAGCUUUGCAUACACAGUACAGAAAGAAGGAAAGAUCAGCUGGAAAACUGUAAUGCAAACACUUCUGAUAUUUUGAAAGGCAGUAUAUAUUCAAAGCGACAUCAUGCACGCAUCCAGGAUCAGGACUGUGCUUUGUGUGCUUGGCUUUGUGUGUGCAUCCCUGUGCAUGAAUGAAGUUGAGUAUGAAGGAAACUACGCAGACACCUAUGACAACGAGAUCUCUCAGGACCAGCAGGAGGUAGAAACUUCAACCCCACCAUGCCAGGCUGCAGAUUUCUCCCGCUGGGACAAACUUUUCAUCGCUCUGGAGGACUCCCACAUGAGGCAGAACAUGCUCCUUGAGUCUUUAGGACAAUGCUGUGGAGGUAUGCACUCUCUCAGGACCCAGGUGGACAAGCUGACUAAGGGAACAUGCCAGCAGUGUAUACCCAGCCUAGAGUCAGCAUGCAGGAUGCAAGCAGAGCAAACAAGUGUCAGGCAACAAAAAGGCUUGCUGGAGCUGAAGGAGGAGGAAGCCCAGAGGGAGAGGAGGCUAAACACUACUUUACAGCAGCUUCUGCAAAGUAGCCAUGAGGGGAGCGCCCGCCUGAAGCGUCUGGAGGAAGCUGGCAGCCUUAGAGCGGUGCCACCGGGAGCAGGGGAUGGCAGGGUGGGACAUCAACCCACGCAGAGACCUGGAGGUUUAGGUGCAGCAAUUGGUUUGGGUAUGAAGCCAUUCUCAUCUGGCCUCAAGGAGCAGGAAGUGACUUCACCACUUGACAUUAGCGAAGUAGAAAAGGCCCUGGUUACUAUAGCAACAGAGCUACAGAGGGUUCACCUGCAGCUGAGCAGAGUGAUUGAACAGGCUGGGACAUUGAGGAAGAACAGAGGAGACACAUGAGGGAAGAGAGGAAAGGGUCGACAGGGGUCCCUCCGGUGAUGGUGAUUUUGCACACUUGUUUUUAAUGUCAGUUUUAAAGGCUUUUUUGUUAACUUGUUUGUCUGUUUAUGUCUGGUGACAAUGAAUUUGGAUGUUCCAUAAACGUUGUGGUUUUACUAUAAUAAAUAAACUUAUUAAAACAACUCAA